CUAAACAGGACGUUAUUUCAACUGUGAGACGAUCGUCAUAAUACGUAUUACAACUACUAUCAAGUAUAUUCACCGUGUACAUCACAAUAUAUUAUAUAUAUACGCACGCGUGCACGCGGUAGGUAGAGUAUUAGGUGUAUCUGUUUAUGUGGUUUCAAUCUUUUCUCUCUUUUUUUUUUUUUGCGUAUAUUCGGGAUGCGCCAAGUCCACGGGAAUUCUCAACCGUACACGACGACGCAUAGAAAAUAAUAAUAAUAAUAAUAUUAAUAAAGUCGAACACGCGUCGUGUUAAAACAAUCGGCCUUUCGUUACAAUCACGGUUUGGUGUUAUCGAUCGAUCGUCAUCGUUUUUAUAGUGAAUUACGAUGAACGAAUAUUAUUUAGUAUAUUUUUUUAUAAUAUAAUAUCAUUAUAUGCACCUACCGUUGAUGAUAUGGUUGUAAUAAACAACUUUUAUACGUAUGCAUUAUUAUUAUAAUUUAAUAUUAACUAUAACACAUCGAAGCAAACCGAUCGUUAAUAAUAUUAUUGUUGUUUCGUGCGUAUUCGCAUUCAGCCGCUGAGGGAUGUAAUAGCGUAAAUGGACAAGAGAAAGUAUCGGACGUUUUCAACUGACUCUUAAAGUGAUAUACUAAUCAACGACAACAAUAAUAACAUGAUCGACAAAGUCGACUCGAAAACCAUGACCCACGAAGAAACUACCGAGGCAAAUGGCGAGCAAUCGUCACCACCGGAGGAAAAUCACGAAGCAUGGCAAACCAUGAGCAUCGUGUCGAAAUUUAAAUUCAUUUUUGACCACUGUACAAUCGAGCCCAUGUUCGGGUGUUAUAUCAUGACCAGCGUUCUGACGGGGCUGUGCACGCAGAACUUAAACCUGCAGAAGGCGUGCCGAGUGAAUCUAAAGUUGGAAAACAGCACAUGUUCGGCGCUGGAUAAUCGGAACUCAGACGCUUACGCUAAAGAGGAAGUCAUGGUCCAGGAGCUAGUGACCGACAUGAUCAUAUGGAAAACUGUCGUACAGAGUAGUAUACCGAUGGUGUUGAUAAUAUUCAUCGGAUCGUGGAGCGAUCGGAAUCACAAGCGCAAACCGUGCAUGUUGAUACCCAUCGUGGGCGAGUUACUAACAAGUGUAGGGCUACUUGUCUGUACUUAUUAUUUUUACGAACUUCCCGUGGAAGUAGUCGGAUUGGUGGAGUGUCUACCUCCAGCCAUGACCGGUGGGUGGAUGACAAUGGUCAUGGCCAUAUUCAGCUAUAUAGGCGAUGUAUCUUCGGUAAAAUACCGUACACUAAGAAUUGGAAUAGCGAAUGUUUUCUACUCCGUAGCCGUUCCCAUCGGUACCGCGUUGUCCGGUGUAUUGUUUCGAGGACUCGGAUUUUACGGUGUAUACACCAUAGCUAUAGUGAUGUACGCGUUUACGAUUACAUACGGUGUGCUAUUUAUCAAAGAAACAAAACCAGAGACAAAUUUCGAAAGCAAAGAACCACCAAAGUCUACAUCCUGUUUUUAUUUCAUCGAGGAUUUUUUUAGUCUAAGCAACAUCAAGGAAGCUAUUCGAGUGACGUUCAAAGAAGGACAGCACAACAGAAAGUUAAGAAUUAUUUCUUUAUUAGUUGUCGUCAUCGUCGUAAUGGGUCCUCUAUAUGGGGAAAUGUCAAUGAUGUAUAUGUUUACACGUUUAAAAUUCAAUUGGAACGAAAUCGACUUCAGUUUGUUUUCUACAUACGCUAUGAUUACCAAUCUUAUAGGUACGAUGUUUUCAGUCGGUGUAUUCAGUCAUAAGUUGGGAAUCGAUGAUGCUUUAAUUGGAGUAAUGUCAUGUAUGAGCAAAAUAUUAGCAGGAUUUGUCUAUGCGUUUGCUCCUACUGCUUUAAUAUUUUACUUAGCUCCACUUGUGGAAAUUAUAAAUGGUACAUCAUUUAUUGCUAUGAGAUCAAUUAUUUCCAAGCUCGUACCGUCAGAUGAAUUAGGUAAGGUAAAUUCAAUUUUUGGAGUUUGUGAAGCCAUAGUACCAUUGAUUUAUGGACCAAUGUAUAGCUUUGUGUAUAAAAAUACAUUAAAGACAUUUCCUGGAGCGUUUUUUUUACUUGGAGGCUUAUUAACGGCCCCGGCAGCGAUUAUAUUUCUAUGGAUGUACAAUGAACAUUUAAAAGAACGGAGAGUAAAAGAGUCAAUGCCGGUCAGCAGCGGAGUAGAUAAUUCCGAAGAAAUACACAAGGAGAAUAGUUUAGACAUCAGGUUAUCCUCACAAAAUUAGAUUGAAUAGAUAGCCUCAUUAAGCACACAAAUACAGCCUCUUAGAAUUUCAGAGCUAUUUUGAAGUUGCAUUGGACAAUAAAGUAUUUUAAAUCACACAUGAAUUGAGUGGUGCAAAUAAGUGAAAUGGCCAAUAACAUUCACCGAUAAGGUGGUUUUAUUUUUUAUAUAUUCCUAUAUGUAUACAUUUUCUUUAAGACGUUAAUAUUUGUAUCACUUUUUAUAUAAUUUUAGGCGUUUGUGAAAACUAAUCACUAAAAAAUGUAUAUAAAAAAAUAACAAUAUGAUA